AUGAAUGUCCAGGACGCUGCACGCCGCGCAGCCCAGGUCCUGAAGAAGCCCUUACCUUCUGGUAAGCAGGCUGCCCGAUUCCUGGCUGCCGUGGUGGACUGCGUGAUUGUCCAUGCCUGCACUGGGCUUCAGGAUGUUCCUGCCGAGUUUGUGGAUGAGGCUGCCAAACUGCCGGGAGAGUCUGGGCUGUUUGGGGACCUCGAUCGAAACGAGACCAAAGAUCUCAGAUGGGUGCUGGAUUAUUGGCGAUCCAAACCCGGACGCUUCGAGGAGUUCGCUUCUUUGUACUACGGCUAUUUCCUGGCCGUCAUCGCUGACCAGCUCAAGGCUGGUGCCGCCCGAGUCCGUGGAUCUCCACGGCUAACCAUCACCGUGAUGAGUGACACGAACAUCGUGCCUCUACUUGUGAUUUACAACCUCACCAAAGCCGCGUCAAGGCGACCUCCUUAUCUCUCGGCACUCAUCCAUGAGUUGUAUCGGCACAAAAAGACUCGCAAGUUGUUCAUCCGAGUUCUCUACAACGGAGAAGUUCAAAAGGUUUGCCACGGGCAUGGUAUGGACUUGCUCUGUCCUCUUGAAAAGUGGGAGGAACUGGUGGCAAGAUUCACACCAUCUCCAGAGUUUGCCAGUGCAGUACCUGCAGCAGCCAUUGUGAGCUCAGGGCAUGAGCUCCAAAGCCACAAGCCGGCACAAGUCUCAAAUGCGACAGCGAGUGCUAUGGCUACAGCUGCGGCGAUCUGUCGAACAUGGGCGUCAGUGCGCGCACAUGGCCGCAGAAUGCUUGAGGACAUCUACGACCCUGCCUGGAGGUAUGCCAUCCGGUUCAAAGAGAUUGAAACAGACAUGCUGCACAGUGAUGCAUGGAUCAGCUCCCUGACAACAGAAGUCACAGCCAGAGCUCAAUUUUUGGCGGUUUGUGGCUGGGGAUUUUGGGGAUUUGGACAGCUCUUGGGGCAGGUGGCAAUUCUUUUAGCGCCAGCAUCUUUGACAGCUUCUGUGAAUUUCAGUGGCUCGCUGUUAAGCAAUGCAGUGUUGGCACCGUUUGUCCUUAAUGAAAGACUAACUAAAUUGCACUGGCUGAGCGUGCUGCUACUCGUGGUCGGCAGUGGGAUGGUGACGUCGUCCUCCAGCCACGCAGACCAGAAGUAUUCCUAUCUGCAACUCUGCCAACUUGCACAUCGACCGACCUUUCUUACCUGUGCAAUUGCUUUCGCUGCUUUGUCUUUGCUUCUGGCCUGCCACGCGCUGAAGAGACGGACAUUGGAGCUCCUUAGCUUCGCCUACCUUUUUGCGCUCAUCGGUGCCAUCGACCUCUUAGUCACGAAGUUCACCUUGCAGCUGCUGCGCCUCGUGGUGGUUGGCAAACGUGAUGCACCUGCCGAGGGGGUCGUGACAUUCUUCACAGUCAUGACCUUGACGUUGCACGUUGGCGUUUUCGGUUGCCAAGUUGCUGCUGCAUAUUACAGGAAGGCCCUGACAAGUCUGCCCUUGUUUCUUGGGAGUGGUGCCCUCAUGCAAGUGAUUGUCUGUGGUACCUUUUUCGACGAGUUUCACAAUUUCGGGCUGAACCAGCAACUCCUCUCCUUCGGCAGCGGUCUGCUGCUGGUCAUGACGGGUAUGAUAUGCACAAGUGUGGCAACCAGCAGUUUUCGGGAAGAGGUGCCAGCAUCAGCGCCGACCACACCGGAAGACCCCGACAUGGAAGCGGGCAAGGGCACAAUGGCUGUCCAAGAUGUGCAGACAAGGCCUCGAACGCCAAGCAAUGUCAGCCCGAGCUCAAACCGGCGGUCGGCCGUUAUUACUUCUGGCCUUCUGGAAAGGAGUAGCUCUUCCAUGUCCUCUGCUGAUCUCCUUCUGCUGGGCGACAUCCAAAGAAGUGCUUUGUGCUUCGGCGGGCGUAUUGCAGUCGGAAGAGUCGCAACGUCGAAGAUCAGCUUGCACCGCCGCUUUGCUUCUGACAACUUCCUCCUGAUGCCGCUCGCAUCCCACCAGGACUCCGACAUCAAGGAAGGAAGCUCGGCGAUCUCUCCGGUAGGACGGCUUGGUCGAGCAGCCAGCGCACCUCCAGGUACGGAGCCCAUGGACAUCGGGAUCCUCGGCUUGCGCCGAGAAGCAUCAAGCUGA